GUCCUAGUCGCAGUGCUCGCGCGACUUUCGUCCCGAGUGCGUCGUCUACUUGCGCUCCGCUCCGAAAAACGCGACGCGAUCCUCGUCUUUCCGUGACUCACAACGGCGAAUGUCUCGAGUGACUUUCAUUUAACGAGACAUAUACCGUAUAAAAUUAUAAUAAUAACCUUCGAUAUUGUAAUUUUCUUAAACGAGAAAAACGAAAUGAAGAAACUUGAUUUACGAAGAAUUUUAUUCAUGGAAAUUUUAUGUGAGGGGGUGAAAAGUGAAGAAAAAGUGCGGGAGGAAUUUAAAAUACGCACACGUGAUGCAAAUACGUACGGCAGAAUCAAUUGAGCGAGAUGAUGUGAACAUUAAUAAACAAAACCAUCAAAAAUAUAAUAUGGGGGACGAAAUAUCGAUAUUUUUAGUGGUGUUCCUUGCAAUUGGUGGAAUAAUAAUGAUGAGCGCAUUACUGGCCUGCUAUGCCUGUAUCUUUCGUGAUCUGUGUUGUAGACCAGAGGAUAGAUCAAAAAGAAGACGACCUCAAAGUCCUCAUCAUGAGCCUGAUGAUCCUAAUAGACCCAGAUUGGACGCAAUACUUUUAAACGAUAUUACACAAGGAGAAAGUAUGCCUACUGAAUCUGAGAAAGUUUAAUAAAU